UAUUCCUGUGUGUUUGUCAGGUGACAGAUAAAUCUGUGCAGGCGUUUGCGGAGAACUGUCCGGAACUGCAGUUUGUGGGCUUCAUGGGCUGCUCUGUGACGUCUCAGGGUGUCAUACACCUCACCCGGCUGCAGCACCUGAGCAGUCUGGAUCUGCGGCACAUCUCUGAGCUCAACAACGAGACGGUGAUGGAGGUGGUGAGGAAGUGCAGGAAUCUGACGUCCCUCAACCUCUGCCUCAACUGGACCAUCAAUGACAGGUGUGUAGAGAUCAUCGCGAAGGAGGGUCGGAGUCUGAAGGAGCUCUAUCUGGUGUCCUGCAAGAUUACAGAUCACGCUCUGAUCUCCAUCGGUCAGUACAGCAGCACGAUUGAGACGGUGGACGCCGGCUGGUGUAAGGAGAUCACUGAUCAGGGAGCCACUCAGAUCGCCAGGAGCAGCAAGUCUCUGCGGUACCUGGGCCUGAUGCGCUGUGACAAGGUGAACGAGGAGACGGUGGAGAGACUGGUGCUGCAGUAUCCACACAUUGUGUUCAGUACAGUGAUGCAGGACUGUAAGCGAACGCUGGAACGAGCCUAUCAGAUGGGCUGGAGCCCCAACACAUCCACGGCCUCCUAACACACACACACACACACACACACACACCUGAAGAUUGCAUCACUGCAGAAUCAUUAUCGUUACUAUGCCGUUUAUUCCGCCUUCCAACAUUAUGCACCAUGAACAUCAAUAUUAUUUGAUUUGAACACAAAUAUGUUCAUGCACACAUGAUUCUGGCAUGCAGCGCUGCAUCUAUUUGCAUUUGCAACCUACUGAAUCACACUUAACCCACAAGGAGCUUAAACUUGACUCUAAAAAUCGCUAGAAAGAAAUAAGACAUU